UAAAAACUCAAGGAGUUUGUUUUGGGAAUUUCGACCUUAUUUUCUGAGCAUCCAUCAUUUUCCUAGGUUUUCAAGGCAUUUUUAAUUAGUGAAUCAAAUCUAAUGAGGCCARUUUUGCUGCUGAGCGGCUUUCUAUAUAACUUUUAGGCUUUAGGUAACUUUUAAUAUUUAGCCAAGACGACUUGGAAAGGCCGAAAAUAUGCAUAGAAAUCUGUAUCCAGCCACGGCUCCAAAGAUUGUCAAUGCGCCAGUCGUUAUCGUAAUGGUUGGUCUACCAGCUCGUGGAAAGAGCUACAUCUCGAGGAAACUUGCUAGAUAUCUAAACUGGAUUGGAGUUAGCACAAAGGUAUUCAGUCUGGGUGACUAUCGCCGUAAUAUGAUGGAAGUAUCRCAGUUUGACCACUCAUUCUUCGAUCCUAAUAACCCAAAUGGAAUGUUAAUUAGAGAACAAUGCGCUGAGCGUAUUUUAAAUGACGUGGUUAAGUGGCUGGAAGGCAAGAAAAAAGUUGCCAUAUUUGAUGCCACUAACUCAUCUCGUAAACGAAGACAACACAUUGUUGAACACUGCGCAAAACAUGAAUGCAAGGUUAUGUUUAUUGAGUCUGUAGUAGAYGACCCAGCUAUAGUCAGAGCCAAUGUUAUGGCUGUGAAGAUAAGCUCGCCAGAUUAUGCUGGUGUUGAGCCUGAGCAAGCAUGUGAAGAUUUUCUUGCAAGAAUUGAGCAUUACAAACAAGCUUACGAACCUCUUUGUAUGGCACAAGAUAAGCAUAUAUCGUAUAUGAAAAUCAUCAAUGGAGGAACUAAUUUUGUGGUGAAUCAACUGCAUGGUUAUUUAGAAAGCAGAAUAGCAUACUAUUUAAUGAAUAUCCAAAUCACUCCAAAAGCUAUUUAUUUAACAAGGCAUGGAGAAAGUGCCUACAACCUCAAAGGAAGAAUAGGUGGAGACUCAGACCUCUCACCAAGRGGAUAUGAAUAUGCAAGGAAAUUAAGUGAAUUUAUGAAAAGUCAAAAUCUUGAUGACCUCAAGGUCUGGACAAGUGAAUACAAAAGGACCAUACAGACAGCUGAGAAUUUGCAAGACUUGCCSCAAGAACGAUGGACUGCACUUAAUGAAAUAGAUGCGGGCGUGUGUGAAGGGAUGACAUAUGAAGAAAUCCAGGAAAAAUACCCAGAAGAUUUUGCAAGACGAGAUGAGGAUAAGUUUCAUUAUCGAUACUCAAGAGGAGAGUCUUAUGAAGAUUUAGUAGCACGUCUUGAGCCAGUUAUUAUGGAACUUGAACGGCAGCAAAAUGUGUUGGUUAUUUGUCAUCAGGCUGUUGCUCGCUGUUUACUGGCAUACUUCCUGGACAAGAAUUACGAACAACUGCCUUAUAUCAAAGUUCCAUUGCAUAGUGUUCUAAAACUGACUAGUGUGGGCUAUGGAUGUCAAGUUGAAAAGUUUGACCUCAACAUUCCUGCAGUAAAUACACACAGAUCAAAACCCGAGGAUGUUUCUGUUACAAGGGAUUCGCAGCAUGCUCUGAAUACGGUCCCUGAGCAUGAAUAGUCCCUGACACAUUCUAGCACCUCUUCAAUGACGUCCCGGUACAUAAUCACAUGAUGCCCCUUAGACAAGUACUUCAAAUUGUGUAUAGAGUGAUGACCUUUUUAAUUAUGUCCCUUGUUAUGUCAGGAGCUCAAGAGCUCUUAGUGCUAUGAUUUCAAGCACAUGUAGGAAAUUGUUCAUGUGUUUAUUUUGAGCACCGAUUGAAUAUUGUCCCUAUAUGGAGACAAGUAUUUUGAUUCAGAAAAGCAUUUUCUUACCUCGGAAAACGCGGCUAAGCAAAUGUAUUCAGAUAUCUCGUAUUUCUUUUUUUCGAGAUGGAAAAGCUGAGCUUUUUCCUUGUCUCAUAACAUUUCAGCAAUAUUUAUUGAUAGUUUUUAGUUAGUUAUGGGGAGAAAUAAUCAAUAUUAUUUUCAUCAUUAAUUUGUUUUUCAUCAAUUUUGUUUUUAAAGACGUUUUUUAAGAAGGUAAACGAGGUGUUUUCAAAGAGCUUGCAAAAAGCAAACUAUAGGACAGGUCCUUUUGGUUUAACUCCUUGAAAUGUUGUGGGAUGUAACAAAAUUGUUUAAACAUCACUUGAAAUAUAGGAAAAAAUGGUAAAAAGUUGAAAAUACUCCUUGGAAAAUACAAAAGUACUACUCCUUUAUGUUUAGGCACAAAAUUAAUGCACCAAAAAUGGGAGUAUUAUAAAAGAAAAUGAUCAAAAGAAGCGCGCAAUUAAUAGGAAAAAAAGUGUAUGUAAAAUAACAAUUCUCUUCCAUUGAGAAAAAAUCUAAUCCAUGGACGAAUAAAGUAAACAUAUUGAAGAAUAAACUGUCCAAAUAUCACGAAA